AUGCGAACAUCAAGAUCAUCGACAUCGAAUCGAUCAUUAGAUCGUACAUUGAGAAAUCAAUCUCCAUGUUCAACGAUUAUCCGUCGGUCAACAAAUCGAUCUUCCUCAGGACGAAGUCAUAAUGUAAGAAACAUUGUAGCUGAUUCAAGUAUUCCCUCAACCAAUAUUUUAUCAUCAUCGAUUCAUUCUGGAAAGAAUGUUCAAGUUAGUUUAAAUCGAGAUCAAAAUGAUAAUGAUAUAACAAUGGAAUUUAAUAGUAUUGUUAUUGAUGUUAAUUCUUAUCAAAAUCAAACUUUUUCAGCUACCAUCAAUUCUGUUCAAACAAAUCAUCCAUUUGAACUUGACAAAGCACUUCCACCGAAAAUGACAACAACUUUGUCAGAUAAUACAGCAAAUUUAAGAUCACAUCUUCUUUUUCAUGGUAUGAAGGCCUACGCAUUCAAAUCACAGGAAGAUCAAGGAAAUCCACAGAAGUACAAUAUUCCUGUUACUUCAUUAAGUCAACAACGAAAACGCGAAAUUGAUGAAGCUUUAUUACAAUGUAUUAUUGGAGCCGGCCUUCCUUAUAGUAUGUUCAAUCAUAGUUCUGUGAUUCAUUUUCUUAAAGUUCUAAUACCUGAAUAUACACCACCUGAUAGACAUACACUUUCUUCUCGUAUCAUUAAUGAAUAUCAUCAAUAUAUUAGUGAUCUUAAAAGUGUGUUGCCUCACGUUAGACCAAUAGCAUUCGCAAGUGAUAUAUGGAAAGAUGUUUCUGCUCAUCACAUGAUCCAGCUUUCUCUUCAUACAUUUACAAUGAAUUUCGAGUUCGUCUCUUUACCAAUAUCUUUUCAUUUAUUUCACGAACAGAAAUUAUCAUCUAAUAUACAAGCAUUUUUCGAACACGAACGUGAUCGAUUUAGUCUAAAUACAACAAUAUUGGCAGGUAUAACGAUCGACAAUGGUCCUGAUAUAAAAUCAGCUGCAUCUUACAACAUACUAGGUCCUCAAUUUGCAUGUCUGGCGCAUUGUUUAAAUUUAACGAUACAUCAUGGGUUAAGUUUAUGGGAAAAACCGAAUUCUAAGAAGUAA